AUGUUUCUGAUCAAUACGAUUAAGGGAAUCCUUCACUACGAGGAGGAAGGAAAUAAUGACGCAGCAGGGGAAAAGGAAAAGAGAAACAGAAGGGUUCAUAUUACUGAGCCGAAGGACGAAGUGUGGUUAUACAAAAGUGAGCAUAAGGAGCGGCUAAGUGAAGACCAUGCCAGUGAAUAUGAAGAUGGGAGCUUUUAUGGUGAAGAAGGUGGAAAGAAGCCAAAGGACCAUUUUUUAGAGGUGCCGCUAUUCGAUGAAGACGAGUGUGGACGGAGCAUCCAAAAAAAUUUGAGGUACCUGCCGAGUAGGAAAAUAAAAGCGAUAAAGAAAAGCGAAGAGUCCGAAGUCAGCGAAGAAAGUGUAAGCACCACCGAUGAUGAAGAAGACAUGGAGGAGCCUUUUCUCGAUCUGUACGAGGAAUUAAAGAGAGAACAAAGCGUAAAGGAGUUCUACAACCCAAUGCUGCGGCCGAGGCUGUGGCGCUUCGAAUUUUUUAUAAAAUAUAUCCAUAACCUGGAAAAUCAGUUACAGAAAAACUUUUACUUAGUAUCCUUCGGAAACAUCAAGAAGCUGAAGCUCUACGGAGACCUGAACAAGGAGGUACUGUACACGCCUGGAUAUUCCAUAGAACCGGGGGAGGUCAAAUACUUGAAGAUUCCACUGCCCAUCUGGAGCGAAAAGGAGUUCAGCAUAUCCUACGAGGACUUGCAAAACUUCCAAGUGGCCAUCGAAAUGUGGUGCAUAAAGGGGUUUACAUUCAAUGAGCUGUACGCCUCGUCCAUGAAGACGCUGAAGGAGGUCAUUGAAAAUGAUCCUGACACGAACGUCAUCCUGAAGAGGAAGAUCGAGAAAAGGAACAUCACUUUUGAGGCCCAGCGUUUGGGGGUUUACAUGCAGUUGUCCGAAAUCUUCGAGUUCCACAUGGCUCUGGACAGCUGGUGGUUCAUAGCAAAUCCAGAAAUGCCCAGUUACUUAAAAACGCUGCCCAAAUUUUUGCGGUUCAAAUUUCCUCUAAGUGAAGACGACUGGGUGAUUCACAGCUCGCACAAGUCACAGAACAACUUUUGGCUCUACCCCGGAUAUUUCUGUUUCAUUGGGACGUAUCAUCAGCUUUCCAAUGCCUUUUUCAUCCUCACGGUGCUGUCCCACAACACCAGCUACCGAUACAAGCCACCCAUCCUGCUUGGGUCCUGCAUCAUAUCUUUGAAGUCUGUUACGGAGCACCCGUUUUUCAAAGGAACUGUGAAGAAGCUAACCCUAGACAAGAGCAAAUUCAGGCAGGGAGAAAUUGUGGGGAACAUAAAGUGCUUUGUUAACAGCUACGGCAUAGAGGAAGGGGACAUUCCUGUGCAGAGGCCCGUCCAGCCGCUAAGCGACGUCACGCUGCUGAACCAGCUCGAUAUGAACGACCACUACUUGGUCAUCAGAGUAAUCAAAUGCGAGAAUCUAGCCAUCAGCAGCAUCGACCUGAACAGCGUGAACAUAAGCGUUUGGGUGAAGUGGGACGGCAUAGUCAACAAGACGGACACAGUGUCGAAGAGCACAUCCCCUUUCUUUUACCAGAAUUUGUAUUUCCCCAUUCGGCUAGUGGAUAAAAAAGAGCUAACCAAUGAUACUCUCAUAAGGAAUGUGUUGCCAGUGGACUUGAUUUCGAAAGGGGAAAUAUGUUUCGAGGUCCAUAACAACAAUGAGAUACAUUCAACCAUUUUGGGGAUCUUCGAGCUUCCCUUCGCGGACAUUUUUAACUACGGCACGGAAGAUUACCGGUCCCUGGCUCAGGAAACUUCCCAAAGCAGCUACCCCUAUAACGACUACAAGGACAACUACGACGCAGCGAAUGAGGGGAUGGAACUUUCCAGCGACAAUUAUGACGACUACUACGUGAGGAAAUAUAAAACCGUCGUGUAUAAGAACACCUUAGCACUGAACAUGGAGAGCAUCCAGACGAAGAAGGAGUCUACCAUUUCGGUGGAGGCCUUUGUUAUCCCCCCAUUGCCCGAUGGAUUAGUCUUUCUGGAAAAGGGGAAAAUGCAGAACGCUUCGAUGAUUUACAAGUCCUUAUCGAAGAGGUGGGAACGGGACUUCUCCAAGUUCAAGGACACGUACACCCAGUGGUUCCCCCGGGCGGAUAAAAAUAGGAGUUUCCCCUGUGUGAGCAGAAACGAGUUUGAUAGCAACCACUACCCCCUGUGCAGCUUCGUCACUUCGAUUAAUUUGCCCGCCCAAGUGUCCACUCCGGGCCCCCUCUUCCACUGGCUGAACAACAUCGAGUACAUUGAGAAUGAAGACGAGUCGUCGAUCUUUACCCCUCCGUAUUUUUUCCUGUCGUACAAGAAGGGGACGAUACAAGACCACGUGCUGUUGCUGUGCUGCUGCCUGAAGGGCCUGGAGUACGACGCGUACGUGUGUAAAGGUAGGAGGGGAUCCCUGUGUAGUGAAGAUAAGAACCACUACUGGGUGAUGACGAGGCACGAAGACGGGUGGGUAUGCUUCUGGGAAGUGACGAACAAGUGCAUUAUCCACCUGAGGCAGAGAUGGAACAGCAGCAAAUCAGGAAAUGAAUUAGAAGUGAACAAUCAAAAGGAAAUAAUCAGCAAGAUGGUGGAGGAGAGUGACAGGAAAAAAUAUUACACUGGGGAAUAUUUAGCAAACUUUAUCCAAUACGGGCUAGAGGAAUUAAAAAAGAGAGAGAAGCAAAUCAAGGACGAAUACGACAUGAAGGAAGAAAACAGACUAUAUAAUAUGGACCUUUAUGGAGAGAAUCACAUGAAAGAUGAGCAUGUAGACGUACGGGAAAUCCUUUUCAACGAUGAGGAGAUGUUUAAUAAUACGUUUGAAGUAAAAUUUGAAAAGAAUGAGACAUACAGUUCUAGUAAAGCGUUAAAAUAUUUAUUGGAGAAUUUUUCUAAGAAUAUUCCCAUUGCUCCAAAGAUGUCUCUGCUGGAUUAUGAGAAGACUUUAGCUUAUGUGCCUUAUUCGUCCAUCGAGGUCAUUUUUAAUGACGAGCAGCUGUAUGGGAACAUGCAGAAUCAUCACCCCGCGUGCAUUCUGUACGAUUUGGAGAACAACUACCAGUGGCGCCCCCUUCUGAAUCACUCCCCCAUCCCGAUCAAGAGUGAAAUUACCAUAUCGACCCCGUUGAGCGACAGGCUUUCCGUGAAGUACACGAAGGAUCUCGAGGAUGAAAUUCAAGAGAUGAUACUCUUCAUGAGGACCAAGGAGGGACUGGAGACCUCCUUUGAGAAUUCCAAGGAGAUAAGACAUUUCCUAGAAAUGUACAUUGACCUGUGUGAAUAUAAGCUCAACUUGGACAAUAAUUACAACACGAAGCCUGAGAAUUAUGACCGUACAGGGGGGGAUGAGCCUAAAGCGGGUCAAAACAACACUGCAACUGCAGAAGCGGGAGGUGCAUCCCCCCAAACAGGUAUAGGAUUAGUCGACAACGGAGGAGAAAAUCAAGGAGAUAAAACACAAAUGAGAAAAACGUGGUCUCAAUAUAAGAACGAUUAUUACCCCAACAUUGAAGCACAGUACGUUAAUAAAGAUAAUUUUAACUUUUAUCAGACCUACCACCCAAGUGAACACACUGAUAUGCUAAAGCAGGAGCAGAAGAAGCACCUGGUAAACAUCCCAGAGGAUUACAUAUACGGGAUGAAUGAUGAGGUGUACAAUAAUGGGAAGGAACAGUACAUAAAGAACUACGUCUUUUGUAGGAAUAACGCGGACAUCCUAAAUAACUAUGAUGAUAGUGUGAAGAGGAAAAAUAUAAAACGGUUCAGCAAUGCACCUGUGCAUUACCAGGAGAGGGCCGACGUGGGGGGAGAGUGCACUGAUGGGGGGAGUGAUAGGGGGAGUAAUAGGGGAAGUGAUAAGGGGAGCGCUAAGGGGAAAGAUCCCCAAAUGGGGGAAAAGAUAAAAUGUGUCCUUACCCCCAAUGGAGGGGAGGCAGCUGAAGAGAAGGAUAUCCCAACCAUGACGGGGGGCGGUACCAUCGACAGAAAAGGGGACUCAUCUAGUGAGGCGAAUGAGGAAGAGGAGUUGUACAAAGAAAUCAAAGAGAAGUAUCACUACGAUGAGGAGAAAACGGAAGAGGAAGACAAAGGGGAGGAGUCGGAAGGGCGGCACGGCUGCAUUGAACGACAAGAUGUUCCAAACAAGUAUAUCAAGAAGUACAACAAAAAGUAUGAUAACCUUCUUAAACUUCAGAAGAGUUUGAAGCGGAAAGAGAAACAGAUGAAGGAAGAAAUGGUGGACGUUAAGUUGGGGGGGGAAUUUUUCCAACGUGGUCGGCUAGGUAGAGAGUCCUUCUUCAGCUAUGUAGACACACAGACAUUUUUGAAAAGCAUCUUGGGGGGAGGAAAAACACAUACAAAGGGGGUUAAUAAGUCAGUGCAUGAUAAGAGGUGCGCUAUAUGUCAUCAUCUGUUUAAUGGCUACCUUAUUAUCCCCUCGAGGGGGGACCAUUGGGGAGACGGCACUGAUGAUGCCUGCAAGGGGGAAGUGACACAGCGGGGGAGAAGAACCGGUGACAAAAGCGGUGACAAAAGCGGUGACAAAAGCGGUGACAAAAGAGGUGACAAAAGCGCGUACCGCCUGAGGAAGCCACACCCCAGUGGGAACAAGUUACGUGAAUUAGUCGCCAAGUAUAAAAAACGAUAUCACAAAAAAAGGAUGGAAAGGAAGAUGCAUAAGUUAAAAAUGGCUCUGCUAAAGCGUAGGAUUAGGGGGAAAAGGAAAAGAAGAAGCGAUGCAUGUUUUGAGAGAAACCCAUUCGUCAUUCAGAAGAAGGUGCAAAACAGAAGAAAAAGUUCCCCUUCGUCGCCUGAUACAGAAGUGAUGGGCGCGUUGCAAAGGAGGAAGCUGUUCCUUUGCCAGAGCCAUCAUCAGAUGUACGCGGACCAGCAAUUCCUCGACAUGGGCAGCAACCCAGUGGGGGGUUACCAGCAGAGCAUCGCACAAGAGAAACUGCAUAAUAGCUACUCACACAACCCGGUGAUGCAAAACCGUUACGCAGAUAAUAAUGCAAGUGAUAUGUUACAUGGGAACAACUUCCAGGGAACCUUCUAUGAACAUGUGCAAGGAAAAAAUACAGACGACAGACUGGGAGCUAAUGUGAACACUCAAACUGGUGGGCAGCAUCUAAACGGACCAACUGAAUCAAAGGAAAAAGCUCCCACAUCGAUCCCUCCAAAAACGUGGAGCAGAUUAGACCCCACGUCCAAGUAUCGUGCUCAUCAGAUUUCACAGUGGAAUUGGUAUUACUCAUUGGAGGAGCAGUACUUCAACUGGCAGUACUACAAAUUCCCCGUACCGCCGAACCACACGUUCGUUGGGUUCCCGAUUCAUUUUUCGACCAUGGAUUUCUACGAAGUCAAGUCAUUCUUGCUGCACUCCAAGCGAUUCGAGAACAUCAUGAAGCUGUCCAUAGACAACAUCUCCUUCCUCAUAUAUUGCAAAGUGUUCCCCUUAAUUGGCGGGAUCAUGUCAAACUGGAUGUUCCUGGGCUGUUUGGUACCCUGGAUGACUGCACAAGAGCGGGAAACCAAAAUGAAGAAGCCCCCGAAGAAGGACGUCAACCAGAGGUAG